AGAAAAAUGGGCAAUCAUAGUGUCUGGUCUUCUCUGAUCAUUUUACUUUCAGUAUUUUUAUGUUUCUUUUCUACCAGGUCAGCCACAGUGGAGAAUUAUGACUACCCCUACCUUUGGGACCAGGUACCUGGAAGCAUAGAAGAUCUCCCGGUCAAGGAUGACCAAAUCAUCAUGGAUCCUUGGGACUAUAGAGACAGAUUAAGCAUGUAUAAAUUGAUGAUAAACCAUUCAGCAAAAUAUUUCACUCAAUUUGGAAUAAAUAACACUGGGAAUGUAUUCUGGGCACUCGCCACAUUUUAUGGAAAACUUUAUGUAACAGGAAGAUGUGACAAUCCUUCAAACGAUUUAGUUAAUAACAGUCCAGAAAAAGAGAACUUCGUUUUAACCAAAAGUGGAUGGAGUGGUAUUAGUUACUAUGUGGCCAUCCCAUUUUUCCUUUCUGCCUUGAAAUUGAACUUCUUUGGGCCUUUGCCAUAUCAGAUUGAGUUAUUACCACAAGAAGAACGCAGAUCUGAUUUCUGUUAUUCCUUUGAUGAAUGCAAUGCAUCCUACCCACAGAUGAUGGCAAUCGACUUAAAGAUUUUUGAGUAUUUACAGUCCCGGGAGAAAACAUCAAACAAUGCAGAAAACCCUACCUACAACACAGAUAUGGAGACAAUAAUUCAUUAUACGUGGUCUGGACAUCAGGCUGGAGUAGAUGUUGGAAAGCCACUAUUCUACGACAAAAGCCAAUUUUAUUCUGCAGGUGAAAAAGAUUUUGCUGAAUCCUUUCUAACCACUAUUGAGUUCCUUGAAGCAGCAAAUUACCCCUCUGACUUUAAGAAUGCAUCAGACAUCUUGCUGGGAUUCCCUCACAGACGACUCACCACUGGAGACUGGCUCAUUCCUGGCUGGGACUUUGAUAAAUAUGAAAAAGUGUUAUUGACUGCAGUAAAAUUAAUUUCUGGAAUAAAUAGUAUUUCAGGAGGUGCAUUUUUGAAUAUUUGGAAGACGAUCAUGAUGUCUGAGACUGCAAGAAAAGAUGCCCCAGUUCUCAUUAAGAUUAUGUUUGAUUUCCCAGAAUUUAUCCCUCUAGAUAUAAACUAAUAUGAUCUCCUAUUCAUCAUUGAAUUUUAGUGAACAACUAUUUCAAUUGUCUUUACCUCCUUAAUCAGAAGAAACAUUAUUAAAGGUACAUCUAUUGAUCUAGCAUAGUAGACUCUCAGUAAAUAUGUGUGAUUAUCAAACUAAAUAAAACAGCACAUCUUCCUGCA